UCGCUUCAUCCGAUUUCUGCCUGAGCUUAGUCAUCGUCGAUUCGUCGAGUUGUUUUCAAGUGCGUGCUUAAUAUUUUAUUUGUGGAAAUAAUUAACUGUUAUAUGUUUCCUUUCUAACUUCCGACGUUCAUAACCUCACUGUGCGCAUUGUUGUUUUAUUUUUAGACUUUUUAUUUAGUACUUUGGCAUUUGGUUUUAUUCUGUUUGCGGUGCAUUGAAACACGUGUUGCAGUAAGGACUCGUGCCUUACCUACCCGAUACGAUUCGUUGGAAAGGUCAGGAACCGUAAAGACAUGGACGUCGAACAUUUGGUCAUCGCCAAUACCGACACUGAAUUAGCGUUAGAGUUAAGCGAACAAGUAUUCCUUGACGAUGAAGACUACUCGAGCAGAGCUCCCGCCUCGCCCACAACUGUACCGAACGUGCGACCAUACAGACCUCCGUCCACCGGAUCGAAUAUACUGAAGUCUCCGCGAGCGAGGCGCGUCCGCACAACGUCAAUGUCACAGUCAAACAAACGCACAGCGGCCGAGAGCAUUCUUCAUGCUGACAAAAGGACUAUAUACACCGCCGGCAGACCCCCCUGGUACAACUGUACAGGGGGGCAGGAGGUGGAACCCUUUCUUAUAGGUAUAUGCGGCGCGAGUGCGUCCGGCAAGACGACAGUGGCUGCCAAAAUCAUAGAAUCUCUCAACAUACCCUGGGUCACUAUCGUCAGCAUGGAUUCAUUUUACAAAGUACUUAACGAGAAACAGCACCACCUGGCGGCCCUCAACGAAUAUAACUUCGACCACCCUGACGCCUUCGACAUGGAGUUGCUGGUUAGCGUGCUGCAGCGGCUUCGCGAGGGAAAGAAAGUGGAAGUUCCGAUAUACAACUACGUCACGCACGCGAGGGAGAAUAGAACUAAAACAAUGUACGGCGCGAACGUGAUAAUAUUUGAAGGCAUUCUGGCCUUCUACAACGCGGAGGUGCUGAAGCUUCUGGACAUGAAGGUGUUCGUGGACACGGACGCCGACAUACGGCUCGCCAGGAGACUGCGCAGGGACAUCGUGCAGCGCGGGCGCGAGCUGGAGGGCGUGCUGAAGCAGUACAUGACGUACGUGAAGCCCGCCUACCAGAACUACAUCGCGCCGUGCAUGGCGCACGCCGACAUCAUCGUGCCGCGCGGCGGGGAGAACAAGGUCGCCAUCCACCUCAUCGUGCAGCACGUGCACAAGCAGCUGCAGCUGCGCGGGUUCAAGGUGCGCGAGAAGCUGGCGGUGGCGCACGUGGGCCAGCCCGUGCCCGACUCGCUCUACGUGCUCGAGAACACGCCGCAGGUGCAGGGGCUCCACACGUUCAUACGCAACAAGGACACGCCGCGGGACGAGUUCAUAUUCUACUCUAAGCGCCUGAUGCGCCUCGUCAUAGAGUUCGCGCUGUCGCUGCAGCCCUACGCGCCGCGCACCGUGGACACGCCGCAGGGGAUCGCCUACCACGGUCGGAAGUGCGAGGUGGAGAAGAUAUGUGGCGUGUCCAUCCUGCGCGCCGGUGAGACCAUGGAGCAGGCCGUGUGCGACGUGUGCAAGGACAUCCGCAUCGGGAAGAUACUCAUCCAGACCAACCAGCUCACGGACGAGCCCGAGCUCUACUACCUGCGGCUGCCCAAGGACAUCAAGGACUACCGCGUGAUCCUGAUGGACGCGACGGUGGCGACGGGCGCGGCCGCCAUCAUGGCCAUCCGCGUGCUGCUGGACCACGACGUGCCGGAGCACUGCAUCAGCCUCGUGUCGCUGCUCAUGGCGGACGCGGGCGCGCACUCCAUCGCCUACGCCUUCCCGCAGGUAAAGAUCGUAACGUCGGCCCUGGAUCCCGAGAUCAACGAGAAGUUCUACGUGCUGCCCGGGAUAGGCAACUUCGGCGACCGGUAUUUCGGCACCGAGCCCGCCGACGACGAGUGACUACUCGCUCGCACCAGAACUGCUCGUCUCAACUCAGAAUUAAACAUAAACUCGAGAAUGCAGUGAGUCGAUGACCUCAUCAAGUGCUCAGUGCGAGAUUAUUAACGUUCUCGAUCGCGUAAAAGUUAACUCUAAUUUGUUUGAAGUUGGAAUAGUUCCCACCGUUUGCCGCUAGGGGCGCUGCUCCAACUUUUUUUUUUUAUGCACAAAAAUUACAUUACAUAUUAGCUAAAUCGUACAAAUAGUACCUAAAUCUAAAACCUUUGCAGGCAGAGGAACAUAGGGCCCACCUGUUGGUAAGCGCCUACUGUCAGCAAUGCCAAAGGCAGAGCCAACCAGUUGUCUAUUUAACUCCAUACAAAUUUGAAUUAACGUGAUCGAAAAGUUAAAAAACUCGCACUAAGCACACGGACAACGUCUCGUGAUCGUCAAUGAGCCCCCAAAUAUAAUGUACAAGUGUGCUCAAUGAGCGCCUGCCUGUAACUGUUCCUAGAAUGUUCUCGAAGUGCGAGUGCGAACGAGACGGAUGCCUCAAUACGUCUGUCUCUUUCUCUCUAGCAUGAGACACGGAUUGCUACUUUUAGAAGUGCAUUUGCUUUGAGUAGUUUUCGUUUUAAAGACACUAUAACUUAUAAAUGUUUAUCGUCUAGUUUUUUUUUUGGACAAUGAAAAGUUAUAGUCGUCCGAUGUUUUACUUUCGAUUACUGGUGGUAGGACCUCUUGUGAGUCCGUGCGGGUAGGUACCACUACCCUGCCUAUUUCUGCCGUGAAGCAGUAAUGCGUUUCGCUUUGAAGGGCGGGACAGCCGUUGUAACUAUACUAGAGACUUUAAAACUUAUAGCUUAAGGUGGGUGGCGCAUUUACGUUGUAGAUGUCUAUGGGCUCCAGUAACCACUUAACACCAGGUGGGCUCUGAGUCCGUCCCAUCUAAGCAAUAAAAAAAAUCCUAAUUGCUAUCAAAGAGAGAUAUCAACUAUAGAAUUAACUUAUAUUCGUCGGGUGGUUACACAACCGACGUGUAUUAGUUUGAUAAAACAUUAUCUUCUAAGUCACACGGCGCGCCUAAUCAAAGCGAAAGUUAAUCUUUAAAAAGAAAAAACUACAUUUAUUAACACUAAACAUACCAUGACGGGUCAAAUUGUACCCAUUUUGAACUUUUGCACUGAAAAUGCACGUAUCAUCUUAUCUCUUUUGCACAUUUGACUUCAUGACUUUUUCUUACCAAUUAUACUCUAUUCCAAUUACGAAGUCCCUUUUGACACUAUUUAGAACGUAACUGUUCGCGUUUCGCAUAAUCUAUCUAUCUCUAUAUAUAAAAAAAUGAAUUGCUGUUCGUUAGUCUCGCUAAAACUCGAGAACGGCUGGACCGAUUUGGCUAAUUUUGGUCUUGAAUUAUUUAUGGAAAUCCAGAGAAGGUUUAAAAGGUGGAUAAAUAUGAAAAUGCUCGGAAUUAAAUAAAAAUAGCAAUUUUGUUUUCCCUUUGAUGUGUCCCCCGUCGGACGGAUUCCUUUUGUUUGUUUUAAGUUAAUUUUAUACAGAAAUUUAGGUAUUUUAUUUAUCGAUUGAGGAACUACGAAGUCUGCUGGGUCAGCUAGUUUGAAAUAAUAAUAAUUUUUUUGUUAAUGAUCAUAAACAUCAUUUAAAAAAUACGCAAUCAAUCUAAAUCAUUAUACAAUUAAUUCACACACACAAUAACAUAAUAAUAACAUCUGCCUCAUGGGAUUUCGUAAUUGGAAUAGAGUAUAAUCUACAGUUAAUAUACUUUUUUUUAUUUAUUUUUAAUAAUACGUCUUGUCGUAUACCGUUAUCUACCCGCUAUGGUAGAAAUAGGUACCAGUGUUUUUGUAUGAUUAGUGUUAAAUGUUGUCAAGUUAAAAAGUACUCAUACGUUCUAGGAAUAUUACGCGACUUGAAAAGCUCGGGUCGCAGUAGAUCGUUGACCCGAGAGACAAAUGGUCGAAGUACAUUGCGUGCAGUCCAAAAAGAUUAGUGUAAUAUGAUUUAUUCAAUUGCCUUGCUUUUGAAAUCUCACGUCAUCAUAGUCUUGUGAAAUGAUUCCGAAAAAGUAUUUGCUUUUGUACUUUCUACGUGGCUUAAAUUAAUUUAUUAGGUCUUUUUAAAUUUAUUACUUAAUAUUAAAGCUAUUAGAAUCAGCUUUCUUGUCGAUUGUACUUAUAUGUAUAUGACUUAAAUUAAAUUAAAAUUUUAUAUCCGAGUCAACUGAUAAUCGAUUUAAACAAUUAUUUUAGAUCGACAUCAUUAUUGAUAACUCUAAAUUUAGAAAAUUCAUGAUCAAGUCGCGUUCUUUCUUUUUAAAAUAAUCGACAGAUCCAUCAGAGACGAUACGAUAUGUUACAAAGGACAUGUAUUAAUGAAAAAUACCUUUACGAUUGAAAACAUAAAUAAUCGAUUCGUAUUAUCGAUACAAGACUUGUUUCUAAUCGAGACGAUAAAUCGUCUUCGUAUUUAAUUCGUGUAUUAUUAGUAAAGCGUUUGUCUGUGUGUUUGUGUGUGUACUCGCAUGCUGCUAUGGAGGUGUGUAGUUAAAAUUUAAUUUAAAAAAAAUAUAUAACUUUCAGAAUUAAUCAGAGACAUUCAUGUUUGUAAUAGGAAUAUAAAUUAAAUAGUUUGUGAAGAAAAACAAAAUUAGAACAAGUGGAAUUAUUUUGAUAUUUUUCUUCACUAAUUUGAGACGUUCAUAAAGAUUGUUAUUAUUAACGACAUUGAAAACUUUUAUAACGUAUGGAGCUUUUAAUAUAGCCAUAAGCCAUGGUACCUAGCUUUUUUAUAAUAUGAAAAUGUUUUUAUACAGAGAUAUAGGCAGUUAAAGAAUUCAAAACUGACAUUAAUUUUCAUACUGUUAAGCUCCGAAUUAGAUCUCAGAAAUGUAUUAAAUUAUUAUAUUUAAAGUAGACGUAUAAAAAAUAAUUUAUGUAAUUUUUUUUAGGUUAUGUUUGACGUGGCUGAAUUUAAUCCUGGGUCCAUAACUGUCACAAGGAACCAUUCAAAUCUCAUAAUGUGACAGAUAAAUUAAUAAUUAUCAUUUUAUCUGGGGAUCGGUGAUUUGUAUGCACAAAGAUGUAAUGCUUGUGUAUAAUUGUCCAAGAUUAACCAUAUUGAUAUUUCUACUGUUCACGUGCAUAGCCUACCGGACAGCAAUAAGCAAAAAAAUUAAUUUAAAACAAUAGUUAAUUAAGCUAAGAUUAUUAUCGUUUACUCACUUAGUUUUUGUGAAAUAUUAAUGAUUUAUAUUAAAAUGUGUAAAUCAAAUGGACUAACUCUAACAUUUUUAUCAGUCUACCCGUCAAAAUGAAAACCACAAACACAACGCAUUACAUUCACAUUGUAUGUGUAUAAUCUAUGGUCAGUCUGUUGUGUGUUUAGACCUCAAAUGACGUCACCCGCCGAGAAUUAUUAAAUUUUCUAGACUAAAAAGGGUCCUUCAGUCCUAUUACGUGUGUAUUUAUUGAGCCGUACCGAAUCGUAACACUGGUACUCGCUCGACUGUCCGCUUAAAUGUCCUCAGAUUUAAUAAAUUGAGUGUUCCUGUAUAGUCAAGCCUCGUCAAAGGCGUAAGUGAAAAGAUAGCCAAAGAAUAAUUGAUGUAUAUUUUAUUGAUUUAUAAUUCUUCACAAUGCACACGCUUCCAUAGCAGUACAUGUGUCGGUGAAUGUAUCUCAAAAAGUACUUACUUAUAGUGAAUGAAAUACUUAACCGUGUAAUUAUUAGCAUGUUCACAGAUUAUAAACAAACAAAAAAUGUUUUUUAAUCUGUAACUAUUGAGCAUGAGGACCGAAUGAAAUUUGAAUGAAAAGAACGUUGAAAUGCCUCAAAUAUUUUGUUGUGGUGGUUUAAUGCAUCCAUACAUUAUCUUCACUUCAAUAUUUCCACAAUUUCCAAAAAAAUCCAUAGGAAAGGACGACAAAUAACGUAUAAAUCUUAAAACAGGUUUUUUCAACAACUAAACGAUUAUUGUUUAAAAAAACAGGCAAGCCAGUCAAAAUGACAGUUAACUAUAACUACAUGAAAUAAAUUAUUUUAUUACAGUGCAUUAAAAACAUUAGUAAAAUAAACUAAUUAAAUGUGAAUGCGUUUUAAUACAUAAUAGUAUGUAAGGUUUGUGUGUAAUAUAUUAUGUAUAAGUACAUAAAUGUUUUUUUUUUUAUAUUAUAAUGUGUAAACACCGUACUGAUUAGGACCUACGCAUUUUAUCUUCGAAUCGUAAUACAAGAAUAGUUUUAAAGCGAUCAGGCUUAUUCGCAAAUAAACAAUUGAAAUGGGGAAACAUUACAAAUCAAAAACAAUUGGGAUAGCUGAUACGGUGAUGCCGCAAUAUCGCAUAUAGAAAUUAAACCUUAAUUUUAGUAGGAUACUUAUUGUUCAUGUGAAAAACUGAAUGCUGACGUUACACGAACGGGCUAUUGUUGUUAAAAUACCGAACCGGAAUUAAUCUUGUUUGAUUCGACUAUUUUUAAAUCGAUUUCAUUUGUUUCGUAACUAACUAAAAUCGAUAAUGAAUAGAGCUUGAAUAUUAUAACAUUCUUGUGUAUUUAUUACAUACAACCAACCAGAGACAUUUUUUCCUACCUAUUCGCUGGGAGCCUGUGCUAUUCUAGUUAUAUCCGGAUGGAUAAGCUAUUACUGUGUAUUGAGAUGACGUUUUGGCGGGAACGCCUAUUUGGGAAUUAAGUCGUAUGAACUGCUUUCUUUUAUUGAAUGAUUCUUCAGCUAAAAAAAACGCAUAACGAUUGUGGCUUGUUAAACGUUUAGUAUCUGUGACUUGGCUUGUGAAGUUCUUUCGAAAAUCCCACUGAAGGCUCAUUAAAUUCCCGCCAUUUUACUUACAUUUCAUUUCAUUUUAUCUCAUCUGACCUAAUCUCGAUUUAUUCAAUUGUAUCCCAAGCGAUUGCAAUUUCAAAUAUAUAUUUUUUAAAAGUUAUUAAUAAAUCAUUAAAUUUAAAUUAUUAAAUAAUAGUAUUUAUUCUAAUAAUAAUAAAAAACCGUGGCGUACAAUGUUGUAAAUUCCUAAAGAAUCACAAGACGGGCAAAAUAAAUCAAUUCAUACUCAAUUUUUUUCUUUACGUUCACAUCGUUUCACACAUUCGUAGCAUUUGUAUGCGACUGCGAAAUCGCCCUGCCCAGUCUUCCUGAAACCUAGAGAUAAAAAAUAUACAGUAUAUCUUCAUUCUCCUGCCCUUCUCCCAGUCACCUGGGGCGGCGCAACAUGUUUUCUCUUUCCAUACAAUUUCUUCGCUCACUCCCCUCUUACACAUAUCGUCUUUCACGCAAUCUACCUAUUUCUUCUUAAGCCUUCCUCUAUCUGGCCUUAAGCCAACCUCUUCCUCUAAAACCUUCCCCAUUCAAAGUUAAAACUCUCUUAACAACCUUAUUGUCAUUUCGUCUCAUCACAUGUUUAUACCAUACCAAAAAGUAUACAAUAUAAUAGUCUGUAACAAAUGCUCGGAAGUCUGCUCAUACGAAAACCGCUCUUAAUUGGUAAUAGAAUAGAUUCGAUUUUAUGUAUUUUGAACAACAAUCGCCGGUCCGUGCGUAGUUAAUAACAAUUAUUUUUAUCUCUAUCGUUCAGUAUUAGAUGUUCGUUUUUACGUAAUUCCUAAAUUCAAUUUUCUGUAUAUAUUAGAAAAUUAAUAGUUGUCAAAUUUAAAACCUCGCUUUAUCCUUUUUAUGUUAAUUAAUUUUAUUAUUGGAUACUAAUUACUAUUAUUUUUUAAGUUUUAUUUAUGUAACAGCAUUUGUAUACAGUAAUUUUAAGUUGUCGAUGUUUUUAAUUUUCCAUUCUAGCAACCCCGAUACGCCUUUUAAUGCAUUUCCUCACGUAACCGGUGUCUUCGAUAACGUAUAAUAUUUAAAUACAGAAUUGUGCUCGAGUUUUUACCAAUGUUGAAUUCCGUUUCCAGUGCUGGUCACACUCGGAAUUUAAAAUAUUUACUAAAAUUAAGAUGGCUGUAUGUUAUUGUAAUCUUUGCCCGUAAAAGUACUAAUUUGUAAUGAAUUACACCGAGUGUUAAAAUGGCAAUACUGUUUGUUGUAAUAAAGAUACGUACCUAAUUAUUAUAUUUAAGUUUUAAGUUUUCCUAUAUGUCGUAAAUAAAACAAGAAAAGCAUUAGAAAUGAAAUAGUAAUCAGCAAUGCCUACAUAUAAAUUAACAAACGAAAAACUUUUUCUUUAAUUUCAAGUAAUAUGGUAAUGCAGAUUUUUGCCAUAUUCUCAACGAAACCUUUAACCGUUUUUUUUUCUUUCUGUAUGCCCUUUAGUAGUCUAUGCAGUGUUGCCAUAAUAACACCUAAAUGUAUUCUUUUGCACAAUUAAUAUGUACAAUGUAACGUUUGUAGGUAAAUUAUAUAUAUAUAAUCGCUGUAAACGAAUGAAGAUAAAAAACCAAAAAAAAAAUGAACGAGAAAAUAAAAUGUGUUGAAAAUUUGAA